GAUCAAGAGACAAGAGCAAGGCGUGUGAAAGUAGGGAGUGCAUUGGUACAGCAUCAAUGCUACCUGCAGUCCAUGGACACGCGGGUAGACCCUUGUGAGGACUUCUAUCAGUUCACGUGUGGCAACUGGGCCGCGACCAGGCUUGUGGCAGAGGAUUCUCCCAGUUCUUGGUUCUCUGAACGGACUAAACAUUUACAACAGUGGAUUGUCGAUAUUCUUCAAAUGAACAGCAGUAGUACUGAUCCGAAACCGGUGAAGCAGGCGCGCACGUUCUACAGGUCCUGCACAGACACUGACACUUUGGACGAGUUGGGUCUGGAGCCAAUGUUCGAGGUGUUGGACAAGGUAGGGCUGCCGCGAUCGCUGCCCAACGCCACGACUGCCAGCAGCCUCGCUUUGGGUCAUACUCUUGCUGCCAUCCAGCGAAUACUCAACAGUGACGUCCUGGUGCAGCUGAGUACUCACCUCGACCCCACCACCAACCGCACCAUCCUGCUGGUAUCUCCCAGCUUCAGCUACUCCUCACUACCCGAGGUGGUGACGUCAGAGGAGCCUCACUCUCGGCUCACAGGGAACCAACUGUUCAAGCUACGGUUGGCUUACAUCUCCGAGGUGCUGAGGGAGAUCUCUCCAGUCUCUAACAACACCGGGCUGGUCACCAUCGCCCUGCGCUUGCUCUUCACUGACGCUCACUUUAAAACGGAUAUAAGACGGUCUGAGACUGAGGAUCCUCCUCUAGUGACUACCUACAGAGGGCUGCAGGAUACGAUGGACAAUGCCAGGAACUCUACUUCCAGCUCCCUCAGGCUGGAUUGGGCAGAGUACCUCUCCACGCUGAUGAAAGGUAUCAACGUUUCCCUCAACAUCGACUCUCCAGUAGCGGUCCAGAGUCCAGCUUACAUGGAGGCCUUAGCCCGGAGGCUGUCUAACUCUAAGCCUCAAACAAUACAGCGUUUUGUGUGGUGGAAGGUGGUGGAGUCCAUGGCCCCUCACACUACAACCACAAUGAGGCGGAUCAGGGAUACUUUUAUCGAAGCAUUGUUUGGUGUAUCCACGAGGAUUACAAGAUCCAAGAGGUGUGGAAAAAUCACUAAGUCUUUCUUCAACUACGCAAUCAGUUACGUUUUGGCUACUCAGAACAAUUUGGAAGAGACUACAAAAAAGGUACAAGGGAUGCUGAUGGAUAUAACGUCAGCGUUCAGUGGUCUCGUACAUUCCCUCGACUGGAUGGAUCCUGACACCAAGGCCGCCACCCUGGGCAAGGCUGCUGCCAUCAGACGUUACAUCGGCUACCCGGAGUGGCUGUUCAAACCGGACGAACUGGACAAAUUGUAUUCUAAUGUGACCGUGGCCAAAGACAAAUACUUGUGGAACAUGUUGGGCAUCAAGGGCAAGGAGGUGACAGAAGUGUUGAGCCAGCUAGGCAAUUCGCCACCCAACCAGACUGACUUUAGAUGGGACAGCGAUCCUCUGGAAGUUAAUGCUUACUACAGUAGAACUAUAAAUGCAAUAUCCAUUCCUGCCGGAAUUCUACAAAUGCCAUUUUACUUCCUAGGCCUCGAGGCAUUGAAUUAUGGAGCAAUUGGAAGCAUUCUGGGGCAUGAACUCACUCAUGGCUUUGAUAUCGAAGGAAAGGACUACGACAAGACUGGGGAGCGGAUAUCCUGGUGGAACAGCAAGAUUACUAACAUCUACAACCGGAAAGCUGAAUGUUUUGUUGACCAGUACAGCCGGUUCUCCUUCGGGAACACAGAUGAACUAAGAGUAAAUGGAACAUUGACUCUGGCAGAAAACAUCGCUGACAAUGGAGGUAUCCGGGAAGCUAUCCACGGUUAUCGUCUGUACACCUCAAGGCACGGUCCUGAGCCUUACCUUCCCGGAUUACAGCAUUACUCGCAUGAGCAGUUACUCUUCCUGGCCUUCGCCCACGUCUGGUGUGAGGCCACUACUCCCCAACACGAGGUCUUGAGUCUCUCCGACUCUCACAGUCCCAACAAGUUCCGCGUACUCGGCAGUCUUUCCAACUCCCCAGAGUUUGCCAGCAUCUGGAACUGCCGCCCAGGCUCUCGUAUGAACCCCACCGACAAAUGUAUACUUUGGUGAUCAAUAGACACAGUUACCAUUUUUA